CCCGCGGACCAGGGUAUGGACAGACAGGGUCCUGCGAAGUGGCGCGAGGCAGGCUGAGAAAGGGAGGAGGCGGGCCCCCUGCAGCCGGGGUGGAGCCAAUAGCCGAGCCUGAGAGGGAGGCAAAGGCACUCCCAGCCAUGGGUCCGGAGUGCGGGAGAUCCGGGGGGUCUCCCGUGCUGCUGUUGCUGCAGCUGUUACUUUCCGCGUGUCCCCUGAGGAGCGCCUUGAUGUUUCCAGAAAAUGUCCCUGGAGAGCCCGUUACUCCCCACUGGAUCCUAGAUGGAGGACUCUGGCUCAAAGUCACCCUGGAGGAGCCGAUUGUGAAGCCGGAUGUGGUGUUGGUGGCUUUAGAAGCUGAAGGCCAGGAUCUCCUGCUUGAGCUGGAGAAGAACCACAGGCUCCUGGCCCCAGGAUACACAGAAACCCACUACAGCCCAGAUGGGCAGCCCGUGGUCCUGUUCCCCAACCACACGGAUCAUUGCCACUACCGUGGGCGUGUGAGGGGCUUCCUGGAAUCCUGGGUAGUUCUCAGCACCUGCUCUGGGAUGAGUGGCCUGAUUGUUCUCAGCCGCAAUAUCAGCUACUAUCUGCACCCCUGGGUUUCUGGGGACAACAGGGACUUCUCAACCCACAAGAUCUUCCGAAUGGAGCAAUUGUUCACCUGGAGAGAGAACUCCAAAUACAAAGCAGGAAUGGCCAGGCUUCCUCAUGUCCUCCAGAGCAGGGUGAGGCGAGAGGUCCGCAGGAGCCCCAGGUACCUGGAACUGUACAUAGUGGCUGACCACACCCUGUUCUUAGUACAGCAUCAGAACCUGAAUCACACAAGACAGCGCCUCCUGGAAGUUGCCAAUUGCGUGGACCAGAUUCUCAGGUCUCUGGAUAUUCAGGUGGUACUGACCGGCCUGGAAGUGUGGACGGAACAGGAUCGCAGCCGCAUCACGCAGGACGCCAACGCAACCCUCUGGGCUUUCCUGCAGUGGCGUCGUGGGCUGUGGUCUAGGCGUCCACACGACUCCACGCAACUGCUCACGGGCCGCACCUUCCAGGGCACCACGGUGGGCCUGGCGCCCGUGGAGGGCAUGUGCAGCGCAGAGAGCUCCGGAGGUGUGAGCACAGACCACUCGGAACUCCCCAUCGGCACAGCAGCCACCAUGGCCCACGAGAUAGGCCACAGCCUGGGCCUCCGCCAUGACCCCGACGGUUGCUGCAUGGAAGCAGAUGCAGAGCAGGGAGGCUGCGUCAUGGAGGCAGCCACAGGGCACCCAUUCCCGCGCGUCUUCAGCGCCUGCAGCCGCCGCCAGCUGCGCAUCUUCUUCCGCAAAGGAGGUGGUGCGUGCCUCUCCAACACCCCGGGCCCGGGGCUCCUGGUGCUGCCCACCCGCUGCGGCAAUGGCUUCGUGGAAGCAGGAGAGGAGUGUGACUGCGGUUCUGACCAGAAGUGCUCAGACUCCUGCUGCGUUGCCCACAACUGCUCCCUGCGUGCGGGGGCGCAAUGCGCCCACGGCGAUUGCUGUGCUCAGUGCCUGCUAAAGCCGGCAGGCACGCCUUGUCGUCCCGCUGCCAGUGACUGCGACCUCCCUGAGUUCUGCACGGGUGCCUCCCCGCAUUGUCCCGCAGACAUUUACCUCCUGGAUGGCUCACCCUGCGCCAAGGGCCGCGGCUAUUGCCUAGACGGUUGGUGUCCUACGCUGGAGCGGCAGUGCCAGCAGCUCUGGGGGCCUGGAUCCCAGCCUGCCCCUGAGUUCUGUUUCCAGGAGAUGAACUCCAUGGGGAAUUCGCAGGGGAACUGUGGCCGGGACAGCAAGGGCAGCUUCCUUCCUUGUGCACAGAGGGAUGCUCAGUGUGGGAAGCUGCUGUGCCAUGGCGGGGAGCAAACCCCGUUUGUGCUGCAGCAUGUAGUGACUAUGAAUCCCACAAUUCUCCUCGGGGGUCAUGGGGUGGCUUGCCAGGGAGUGUUUAUCCUCCCUGAUACUCAACUGGACCAGCUUGACUUGGGCCUGGUGGAGCCAGGUACCCGCUGUGGACCUAAAAUGGUAUGCCAGGAUAGGCACUGCCAGAAUGUUACCUCCCAGGAGUUGGACCGUUGUUUGACUGCCUGCAACAACCAUGGGGUUUGCAAUAGCAAUCGUCACUGCCACUGUGCUCCAGGCUGGGAUCCACCCUUCUGUGACAAGCCAGGCUUCGGCGGUAGCUUGGAUAGUGGCCCUGCACAGCCUGCAAACCGAGAUGCCUUCCCACUGCCCAUGCUCCUCAGCUUCCUGUUGCCUCUGCUCCCUGGGGCUGGCCUAGCCUGGUGCUACUAUCGGCUGCCAACACUCUGUCAGAGACCCUGGUGGUGUUGCAGGAGGGACCCCGUAUGCAACAGGACCAUCGAAGGCCCCUGCAGGGAUCACCCGCUGGGCAAUGUUCACUCCACGGAGUUUGGCUUCAGUACCACUGGAGAGUCCUCACCCCUAGAGCCAGAGAACUCUGUACUUACAUAAGGACUACCCUAAGAAGCUUGUGCCACGCAUACCUGCCUGAUCCCCAGUCCAGAAGCUAAGAUCCUGUCUCUGGAGAAGGGGACUUCCUGAGGUGAGGAGACAGACAGGUGACCACUGCCACUCCAGGAACCGGGGCCCCAAGGGCAUCGCCGGCCGGCAUCUGAAUUCUUGUACUACUGAUGGGCUGAUGUGAAGGUCUUCCCGGGACCCCCAGAGCUACCCAGGCCUGAGAGCUGUGCUGUCUGAAAUGUCAGGAUGUUUCUAAGCAAUAAAUUCACGAGCUCUAUCAGUGCUGUUGGCUGCCUCCGCUGAAAGAGUUUGAGGGAUUUUCUAAAGAGACACAGAGGUAUCCACUGAGAAAUAAAAGCGUAAGUAACAACCUCUGGGUGUGGUGGCGCACACCUUUAUCUCAGCCCUCGGGAGGCAGAGGCAGACAGAUCUCUGAGUUCAAGUCAGCUUGGUGUACAAAUCGAGUUCAAGAAUCAAGCCAAGGAUACAAAGGGAAAUUCUGACUUGAAAAAACAAAUAAACAAAACCAAAGCAAAAUUAGUAACACCAUGUUAUAGACAGGAAGGACAACAAGGUGGGGGCUCCUAGGAGAGUUCGGGGCCCAGCACCAGAGACAGUAUGGCAGAGCCUCAAAACCAAUGUGGCAGAAGUGGGGCUAUUACUCUUUCCUGACGAUAGGGAGGUUUCAUGGCAUAAACCUGAGGCGGUGUGGGACAGGCAGGGGAACCCCUCAAUCUGAUGAGGGAUCUUAGCUCCGGGAUGUCUGUUAGCUGGGGACUCAGUAGGUGUCUGUCAGCAUCUGCAAGUGAGAGAAGGCUGCUAUAGACAGCAUGGCCUGAGCAGCAUCUGGAUUCAAACUCAUUUUAGGGCCAGGCUCUCUCCCCUGCGUAGGGGACUUGCUGUUGCCUUUCCAGAAGCUAUGAGACUGCUGCAAAUGAGUAUGGUCUAAACAGCCCACUGCCCAAAAUACAGCAUCAGGCCAUCUUGAUGUCUCCUGAUAUCUAGCUAUUGGCAAAUACAGGUGCUUUUAUUACAAUUUUAACUAUUAAUAUUAGCUAAUAAUGUGUAUAUAAUGUACAUCAUAUAUAUGUAUGUGUGUAUGUAUGCAUGUAUGUGGGUUACAGAAUGGCUACAAAAGGGUUAAAGACAUCGAAGCAUGAGGAAAUGGAGAGAUGGCUGUUAAGAGCACAUAUUCCUCUUCCAGAGGACCAGGGUUCAACUCUUGGCAAACAUAUCAGAUGGUUCACAAUCACUCGUAACUCCAGCUUCAGGAGAUCCAAUACCUCUGGCUUCCAUAGGCAUCCCCACACACACAUGUGGGGUGCACAGUUAAAAAGAAAAUAAACCUGAAAUAGAAAAAGUUGAAGCAUGAGCUGAACUGGGAAUGUGCUUGCCUAGUGUACACAAAGUCCUGGGUUUGAUCCCUAGCCUGUUAGAAAUAUUCUCAGUAUCACACAAAGGACACCCAGACAAGUGCCUCAAUGAGAUAAACUGCGCCCCUGGGUCAAGAGGGUGCACCCCGAAAGGCAAGCGCACCAGUGGGAAGUGAGUGUGCACUUGAAUCUUUUCUAAUGAAGGUGGUAACUGUUCUUUUCAACAAUGGUGGUCUGACCUCACACUCAUUAAAAGACUCAGUGCAGCCAGGUGGUGGUGGCACAUGCCUUUGAUCCCAGCACUCUGGAGGCAGAGGCAGGAGGAUCUCUGUGAGUUGAGGAUAGCCUGGUCUACAAAGCAAGUUCCAGGGUGGCCAGGAUUGUGUACACCCUGUCUUGAAAAACAAAAACAAACAAAGAUGACUUGGUGUGAAGAAAAUGAAGGAACGCAAGCAGGUGCAGGACAGCAGGUUAGGUCCUAAGUGGUCUCAUGGUAUAUUGGCUUGCUGUGAGGUCCAGCAAAGCUCAGUCUCUCUUGAACGAAGGAGAUGUUUUUAUAAAAUUCCAUCAUGGCACACAACAGCUAAAGGCCUGCUUGGGAAAGAACCAACCGUGGUGAGCGGGCUAAGCCCAGCCUACUCGCUUCCUUUGCCCAGGAAAGAGCCAGCUGGGUUGGAGAGACCAAGUCCAGGCCACUUGCUUUUUCUAGGCCUCUUCUUUAAGAAUUGUAUUUAGAUUUUAAAUAGCUUUAAAAACAGAAAACCACGAAUGUGAAAAUUGGCGUAAACUUUAGUGUUCUUAAAUAGAAUUUUGCUGGAACACAGUCGUGCUAUUUCUUGUGUUGAUUGUGGGUGGGUGGUCUGUGCUACAGGGACUAGCUUGGGAAGCUGCAAACACAAACUUCUAGCCCCUUCUGUAAACAGUGUGUCCCACAGUGCACUGCAGCAUCUCUGGGGCAGGUUUUUUGUUUGUUUGUUUGUUUUUUUGUUUUGCUGCUCAGCAAGCUCAUAUGGAACACUGUCACCCUGUCUUUCUUGGGUCAUAAUGAUGUCACUGUGAAAGAAAAAUCACCUUUAGGCUCAAUGCUGUAUAGCAAUGCAAACGGCUAUCUUAGGUUUUAUUAAAUGGAAUAAAAUACAUGGUGAACAUUUUUUUCUAACCACAAUCCUCUGCCUGGCAGGACGCCAACAUAUCUUGACUCCAGACUGGGCUGGCUGGCUGCUGCUCAGCAUGCAGCCCUCCUUGACUGGGUGCACUGCCAGCCCGAAGCCUGGUCCCAGGUCAGUGCACGGAGGCAAUUCUACCCUGGGCUUUCCAGAAGCUGGCAAGCUCUGCUCUGCCCUGCCCUGCCCUGGCCCCUCCGCACCUGCAGAGUUCUUCCAGAGGCCCAGAGUUUGGAUCCCAGCAACCAAGUCAGUUGCCUGGAGUUCAGAUCCCAGCAGCCAAAUCGGCUGUCCACAACCCCCAUCUCUAGGGGAUCUGGUGCCCUCUUCUGGCC